AUGGCAGGUCGCCUUGUAGUCGUGCGACAUGGAAAGACUGUCGCCCACGGCACGUUCGUGGGACGGAGUGAUGCGGCGCUGUCAGAUCUGGGCAAGGAAGAGGCCUUGAGAGCUGGAGACAAUCUCAAACACACGGGGCUCAACAUCGAUGUUGCCUUCACCGCCACUUCGCAGCGCUGCAUCGACACUGCCCAGGCAACCCUGCAGAGGGCUGGCUAUGAUGGCAAUUCAGCGAUCAAAAUCGGCGCUCUAGUGGCUCGCGAUUAUGGGCGCUUCACUGGACGCUGCAUAGAUGAGGAGCCACAGGACUGGCUCAGCUUCACAUAUCGGCCGCCGGGAGGAGAGACGAGACAGGAAGUUCACGCUCGUGUGAGCGUGUUCUGCAGCAGCAGGCUGCAGCCUUUGCUGGAUGGCGGCAAGACAGUCUUGGUCGUUGCGUCUAGGACGUCCAUUGACGAACUCAAGCGUGUGUUGGAUGGCCAAAAUCGUGAUCCAACCAACUCUCGCUUGGAGCUGCAGCACGGAGAGCUGCGCGUGUACGAGUACUACCCAGGUUUGGGCUGCAAACCUGUCUGCGGAGCGCAGUGA